CGUGAAUGAAGAGAGUGGAUAACUCAGGGGGUGUCCGCUUGGGAAUCCUGGCGUGGCUGAGUGUCCUGUGCCCGCCCGGGGUUCUUCUGCCUUUGAGCAAGGUGACGAACAAAGACGAUUACGAUCCACGCCGAGGCGGCAUUUCUCACCGUGUCCUAUUUUGCAAAUUGUGUGCGGUAAGGGUAAAGGGAACUACUACGUAGUAGGCCCCUUGUACGCCGUCCAUAUGAUUAAGUUGGUCUGUGAGGUGUCAUGUUCGCCCGGGCACUCAUGCGUGCCCGUGUUUCGUUUCAUCUUGUUCUGUGUGGACGACUAGGACGGGGACCCCGAUCCAUCCAUCCCAUCCCGAGCCAACCCGUGGCACACCAUCGGGAACUCCCUGAGAUGAAGCAUCAGCAUCCAGAGACAGACUUAGAGGACGCUGAGAUGAGGCGAGGGGACAGGCCUAAGCGGCGACGGCGGGUGGACGAGGUCCCUCCUGCGGCACGUGUCGAGAGUAACUAGCAAGGGGCAGCUGAGUCAAAGGACAAGGUACAAGGAGUACGCCGUCAUGAAACAUCUAGGACGUGGGGAAAAUACGAAGGGGCCUUUUCCGGGGGGGCCAUGAGGUUUCGCUUGGCUGGAUAAUUAGUCCUGGAUAGCGAAGCCUGGAU